CCGCUUGAUGUCGCGGGAAACUCAUCGUUCUGAAGGUGUACUCAGUUAGCGUUAUUUUAAAUCAAGUCCUGGUAAAAGAGAAUUAAUAUUGGCUGGUUUCUUGAAUAUCAUGAUGAAUACAUCCUAAUAGUCUCUGUCUUCAGUACAUUUUCAUUUCAUAAAUUUGCUAGCUUUGGCUGGCUGUGUUCAUUGAAGAGUCAUGUCUCGUCGCCUGACAACAGAAGAGCUGGACCUUCAGUUUGAACAGUUCCUGAAAGAGUCAGUGUCAGAUGACUCUGUGGAGUUGGGCUCCAAGCAUCCCAGUGUGCUGGACAGCCUGGGCAAACCACCACCCCCACGGGCAGAGAGGCAGAGGGCUCCACCUGCUCGACCCUGGUGGCAGGAUGAUGACGAUGAUGGUUUUGGUGAGUGUUCAGCUCAUUUUGGUGUUGCAUUCUUAAAGAAGCCUGUGAAACGCAGGUUUCUGAAAGGCAAAAAGCCCAGCGUGGAGGAGAACCAGCCCAAUGAGAUCCCAGAGGAGGGUACCCACCAAUCACACUCUCUCUCUCUGUUCCCCACUAGUGAAUCAGCCUGUCAGUUCCUGCAGCUGUCACUAAGCCCAUACCCAGACCACGCACCAGAGCCUCUCCGAGGCCCAGCCAGCCAGUCGCGACCCCCAGUCCUCCUCCUGAGUCCUCCCAGGCAGACACAGACAGGCCAGAGGCACCGGCCCCAUCAUCGCAGCCAGCGAGCUCCGUGGCCUCGCAUUACGAUUCCCAGAAUGCCUCAGCACCGGACAGUCCACAGCCCUCAGGACACCGUUCGCAAACUGCAUCAGCAGUUUCCAGUCCUUGUGCCCUCAGAGAAUAGUUCCCACAGUGCACCAAGACGCAGAGGCCGCCAGACAUCUCAUGACUCCUCUGACAGAAUGCCAGGAACUACAACCAGUUCUCACAGGCGUGACGCCUCCGGCAAUGCAUCUGGACUGGAAGCCACUAUUACAGACAGCUCCCAUGAUGCACCUGUGGAGAGCAGCAGUAGUGAGGGCAGUGAUGGUUUGUUGGGUUCUAGUAGAACAUUCCGAAAGUCUUUGAGGAAAUCCCAGCCUAUCCAGGAGGAGGAUGAGGAGAAGCCUCAAAGACGAGCUUCUGAGGAUGGAGAGGAACAGAGAGGGGCAGACUUCUUGAGCAGAGACAGCCUGGAACCUGAUGAGUCGAUGAUGGCGUCGGGCCCUUUGGGUGUGGCAUCCCGCUCAGGGCUGGACACAUUGGAGGAGGAAGAGGAGGAGGAGAGGCGCCGCUUCUUUGCCCGCCUGGAGGGCGGCGCCAACUCCACCAUCGACUACUCCUGGCUCAACCGCGAGAUGGAGUCCACGGGCUCUACCCUCACCACCCUGCUCAGGAAAACAGAAGUGCCUGGGGAUCUGAAGGAAGAGAAAAAUAAACCUCGUGUACCAGAGAAACUCUCUCCAGGUGGCUCUGCCGACUAUAGUGAGGACUUUGAUGAGGAUGAGGCGAGCGAAAGAGAGAAGGGGCAUCAGGAGCAGAGCCCAGAAAGCCCUGGCAUGCUCGCCAAAGUGUCGCUCCAUGACUCGCUAAACUCUACUGAUGGAGGACUGGCCCCUGCAGAGGCUCCUGGGAGCCACGGCGAGGAGGAGGAGGAGGAGGGGAGGAAGGAGGAAGAUGAAGCCCACGCAGCUGAGACCCCGGCAGUGGCACAUGCCUCAGGUCAGUCAUAUGGUCAGAGUGGGGCCAGUGAGGUGGAGGCCUUGCAGGAGGCUUACAGGCAGCUGAGCCGCUCAGCGGAGGAGUCGGAGGUCAGGGAGCAAAGGUCAUCUCUGGCAGCAGGAGAGGUCACCAGCCGCCCCCUGUCCCCUGUAGUUCUCUUUACCUCCACACUCAAGCCUGUCUCAACCACAGAGUCAGAUCUGCCCACUGCUGAGGAGCUGAUGCGCCCUAUUGGUCCAGACUCCAGCUUUGCCCGUGGCUUUUCUCUUCAUCCAGUCAGUGAGGUGGAGCAGAAGUCGGAAGUGAGAGAGUCACAGGAGAAGAGCCCUGCAAGAGGAGGAUCGGAAGAGGAGGAGCGGAGGAGAAGGAGGAGAGGCCUGUCUCAGCGGCAUCGCGCCACAGGAGCAUUGCUGAGGAGGUGCGCAGACUCAUGGAGGAGCAGGAGGAGAAGACACCACGGCAACCACCUGGCAACAAGGCCAAGGCCAGGAAACGACAGCCUGCUUGGCGUCCGACCAUCUUCGCCCCGACCUCCUCUUCCUCGCACAAGGCUCAAGUCCCUCCUGCCAAACCCAGCUCGGCCGAGAGCAGGCCGGCCCAAUCUGGCAAGCACCUCUGGAACGGUCCGGACCAGAGAGACAGCGAAACCUCCCUCUCCACAGGUCCGGAGGAAGCGCCAGGGCCAGGACCAGGACCAGGACCAGGACCAGCCUCCAAGCAGAAUCCCCACUCUGGGACAGACGCAGACAGUCAAAGUAGCAGACUCUGAGCCCAGCUUGCGUUUGAGCAGCGAGCUGGUGGCGUCGGUGCAGUCAUUUGCAGCGUUCCUCCAGCAGCAGGUGGAGGCUAGCAGCAGCAUCAGCAGCAGCAUCCCUCCUAAAAGCCUGGACAUGGAGACAGCCCACACCCGCACCCCAGCCCUCUCCAAGCCCCCAGAGGAGGACGCAGAUGGGGAUGGAGGUAGAGCUGGCGCUGGGGGGUUGGAGGCCCCCCCCUUGGUGCCCCAACUGGCAGAUAGGAGCGCCCUGGAGCACCUGAGGCUGCAGCUGGCCCAGAGGGAGAGGGCGCUAGACCUGAGGGAGCAGCAACUCCAGGAGGAGCACAGCCGCCAGAUCAGCACCCUCAAACAGGAGAACUACCUACUGCACAGCAAACUUCGACAAGUGGAGGAUGAGGGUCAGAAAGGAGUGCAGAGUCCAGGCCAGGCCAGUGACUUGGUGUCGGAGGAGAAGCUUCGUCACCUGGAGAAGGAAGUGAGGGAGCAGGAGACGCUGCUGCAGGGCUACCAUCAGGAAAAUGAGAAGCUUUAUCUGCAGGUGAAGGCUCUUCAGGCUCAGAAUAAACGCAACGAGGAGGCUAUGUUCACAGAGAACCAGAGACUCCUCCAUGAGCUCGCCAUAACUAAGGAUAAGAUGAACAGGAACAGCGUGCAAAGGACUGUGGGAGUUGUAGGCACAUGUGAACAGGGCUACAAUGUUGCAGACCUGCUGGCACAAGUCAAAGGACUAGAGAGGGCAGAAGCCAGGCUGCAGGAGGAGGCUCGCAGACUGAGGCAGGACAAGCAAGCGUUGCAGCUUGACCUGGAUAUGAUGAAGAAGGAGAGAGACCUGGCCAAGAUACAGACUCUACACACUUCAGGCGACCUGGGUUUUGAGCUGAAGAUGCAGGAGCAGAGGCAUCAGGAGGAGGUGACCGCCCUGAAGAAGCGUCUCCAGUGGUACGCUGAGAACCAGGAGCUGCUGGACCGAGACGCAGGCCGACUCAGGGCUGCUACCGCCGAGGUCAAGAACCUCACCGAGCAGGUUGAGAGGCUGAGGUCUCAGGUGGACAACAGGGCCAGCCAGCAGCAGAGGAGGAUGAAAGAAAGGGCCGCCGAUGCCAAGAGGAUCCAGGACCUGGAGCGACAGGUGAAAGAGAUGGAAGAGAUCCUCAGACGUCGGCACCCUAACUCACUCCCAGCCCUGAUGUAUGCAGCCGCAGCUGCACCACUCCCCGCCAGCGGAGCGGACGAGGACCAGGAGGAGGGUGGUGGUGGGGUGGCAAAGAGGGCAGAGAAGCCCGACGGGUCCCCAAACGCCCCGCCACAGAGCGCCGCCCUGCUGGAGCGCCGUGUACACAGGCUGGAGGCAGAGCUAGAAAACCGUGACGAGGACGCCAAACGCAGCCUGAGGGCCAUGGAGCAGCAGUUCGUCAAGGUCAAGCUUCAGUAUGAGCAGCGGAUAGACGUGCUGCAGCGGCAGCUGUCAGAGAGAUGCCAGACACCGCGGAAGACUGGAGGAAAAGAGGAAGGGGAGGAGGAGGCCUCUGUCCAUUCCCUUCAGGAAGAGGUGCGGAAGCUGAAGGAGGCCCAGCAGGAGCGGGAGAGCUCUCUGCAGGCAGAGGUGGCCAGUCUGCAGGAGCAGCUGCAGAAGCUCCAGGGAGCGCAGCAGCAGCGCAGUCCGGGCGCUUACACCCAGCGGCACCAGCGGCAGGCGGAGGAGGCGCAGUCGGCACGCGUGGAGCGGCUCACAUCGGAGCUGGCCGCCAAGAGCCGCAGCCUGCAGGAGCUGACCCGCACCCUGGAGCGCCUGCAGCGCGAGCGCCGCACCAUGCUGUCUGGACACUGGGCUGGCACAGGGGCCGGGGUCAAAGGGCAUGAGGUCAAAAGCUUCCCGGCCACGCAGGACGAGAAGGCGUAUCAGCCAGCGGCGUUUGCGGGCUCGCACAUCUCGGAGGUGCUGGCCGAGAGCGACGGACUCCGGGAGAGACUGGAGAAGCUGGAGCAGGAGAGCCAGCAGGAGAGGGAGGCCCUGCAGGCAGCCGCCACUCAUGCACAGACUGAGCUGCAGAGGGUUAAGGAGCACAGUGCCCAACAGCUGGCCUCACUCUCUGUUGACCACAAGAGGGAGCUGGAGAUUCUGCUUGGCCGCCACGCCUUAGAACACUCCACCUCCAAGGUGGCGGAACUGACCAAUCAGGUCAGCUCUCAUGAGAUCAUGGUGCGUCAUCUGCGUGAUCAGCUGAAAGAGCUGCAGGGGACAAAGGAGGCGUUGACUGUGUCCAAACUCAGAGAGGACACUCUGCAGCAUCAGUUGACGAGGCUGCUGGAGGAGCUAAAGCAAGCCAAAGAGGCCCACAGUCCAGAGCUGCGCCACUUCACUAGUCUGGAGCGCAAGAUCCACAACAUGGAGCUCCGUUACAGCGAGAGGGAGAAGGAGCUGCAGCAGGUAAUUGCAGAGACGCGCGUGGCGACGCAGGCCGAGCUGCAGGGCGAGCUGGAGCGCUGGAAGAGGCUGGCUCAGAGUCGCAGCCGUGAGCUGGAUGCCUUCCGCCUGGAGCUGGACGCCAUCCUGGACGUACUGAGGGAGCUGCAGAGGCAGGGGGUGGUCAUCCCCGCCCCCGAGCACACCACACGCAUACCCUGGGGAAGAUGAACACCAUCAUGUUCCCCGUCUUCUCAAAUGCUCCUCCAGACCUCACAGGGGGAGUUUUUUUUUACCCCAGAGCACAAUUUGCCCCUCAGAGUUAGCCUCUCCCUGGGGGAGAUGAAGACGACACCCCGUCCAUGUCGUCCUUCACCGUCUCCUCAAACACCGCUCCACGCCUGGCAAGAUGAGCAGAGGGUCAAACCCAGAGCACACUUUGCCUCCGAGUCGCAGGUAGUAGGAGUGUGAAUGUAACACAGGUGUCUCACCAGGUGCCGUAGCCCCACACCUCAACACCAGCAAGAGGAGGACACAAGUGGCUGGGUGCAAAUUAUGUGAAGAAACAGCGGCAGCAGAAGCUCUCGCUGUAAAUGUGGUUGAGUUUGACCGUGUGUGUGUGUCUGUGUAUCUGUGUGUGUGUGUGUGUGUGUGUGUGUGUGUGUGUGUGUGGGACGCUCUCUUCUCAGGUUUGCUUUUUUGUAAGACCGUGAUUUCAGAGAUUGCACCAAAGCAUUAUUGUUUGUGAAGACUUGUUUUUAUAUGGGUGUGUCAGUAAAGAUAGAAGUUUUUAUUUAUUUUUGUAGGAAAUCAAGUGUGAUACAAAAAGGCAGAAUAAAUGGCAUUAUUUAUUAUUUUUAA